UCACUAUCCGUAAUUCUCUCUUACAACAGCUCGGGACAAACUGAUUAACAACCAACCAUCUGUCCUGUAUACCACAGUCAUAGCAGGUGAGUGGCCGGAUCGACUGCAUCGGAAACUGAAAAAGACCUGAGGACGUUCCGCGAGACCUAGAAGCGAGCACGAAUAAACCGACUGGUCUAAAAACGCUCAGUAAACAGAUUUUGAAUUGGAAACCUCACACAUUGACCUUGAAGAGGCUGCGAACUUGGAUUGGAACUUGAUGCCGCGAAGCAGUACUGUAGAUGAGGUUAUGGAGCUUCGCAUUCCCUCUUAUAGGACUAGGUUAAUGAUGAAAAGUUCUCCUGACGUAGAUUGUGUCUCUUCAGAUUCUGUUGUUUGUUUGUCCAAAGCGACCGAAAUGUUUGUCAGUGAGCUAGUAUCUACUGCUGUACGUGGUAAUAAAUCUGGAUUAUCAUACAAGGAUUUAUCUCGACUUCAGUGUCAGAUGGAUCGCUACAAUUUUCUGGCUGAUGUCCUACCUCAAAAGAUCACUGCCCGGGAGUGGAUAGAAAAAUAUAAAUCUGAAUUCGAUGCAUCUUGUUCUUAACAUUGUGGUUAAGCUGCACAAGAAUUCUACCUAAUUAAUUUUCUGGGUCAAAUUCGAUUCUAUACUGUGCUUUUCCAAAUUCUAAUGAGUUUUAAAUAUACACAACGUUUGUUGGGUGGUGGUG